AUGUUUCGAUGUAUACCUUUGUUCAAAUGUAAUCGCCAAGUGGAAUGUGUAGACAAGCGGCAUUGCUCCUUGCCAACAGUACCUGAAGACAUUUUACGAUAUUCCAGGAGUUUGGAGGAACUUUUUCUAGAUGCAAAUCAUAUACGAGAUUUACCUAAAAAUUUCUUCAGACUUCACCGUCUUAGAAGAUUAGGUUUAAGUGAUAAUGAAAUUCACAAACUUCCGCCUGAUAUACAAAAUUUUGAAAAUUUAGUCGAGUUAGAUGUAUCAAGAAAUGACAUUCCCGAUAUACCUGAGGAUAUUAAGAAACUUCGGGCACUUCAGAUAGCUGAUUUCAGCAGCAAUCCAAUACCUCGUCUGCCGGCUGGUUUCAGUCAGCUGCGGGCGCUCACCGUCCUCGGUCUCAAUGAUAUGUCAUUGACUAGUCUACCCAGCGAUUUCGGCAGCUUAGUAUCUCUCCAAUCUUUGGAGCUGAGAGAAAAUUUGCUCAAGUCAUUACCGGAGUCGUUGAAGAAUCUUACUAAGUUAGAAAGGUUGGAUUUGGGGGAUAACGAGAUCGAAGAAUUGCCUGGUUUUAUCGGUGAGCUACCAGCUUUACAAGAACUAUGGUUGGAUCACAACAAACUACAAAAUCUGCCAUCGGAGAUAGGAAACUUGAAGGCUCUGAUAUGUCUGGACGUCAGCGAGAACAAACUAGAGAGGAUCCCAGAAGAUAUAGGUGGACUUACAUCACUCACAGAUCUUCAUCUAUCCCAGAACAUGUUGGAAACAGUACCGAACGGUAUUGGAGAUUUAUCGAAACUAGCUAUACUUAAACUGGACCAAAAUAGACUUCACACUUUAAACGAAAACGUCGGAAGGUGUACGAGCCUACAGGAAUUAAUUUUGACGGAGAAUUUUUUAACAGAGCUGCCUAAAUCAAUAGGAAAUCUGAACGAAUUGACAGUAUUGAACGUGGAUAGAAAUUCAUUAGGUGAUAUUCCGUUGGAAAUUGGCAAUAUGACUCUCUUGGGAGUUCUGAGUCUUAGAGACAACAAAUUAACCAAAUUGCCAAACGAACUCGGCAACUGCAAGUCACUCCACGUGUUAGACGUCAGUGGGAACAGAUUACAAUACCUGCCUUAUACUCUAGUAAAUCUAGAGUUGAAAGCUGUUUGGUUGUCAGAGAACCAAGCGCAACCCCUACUAACUUUCCAGACGGAUAGAGACGAAACCACAGGCGAAAACGUACUCACGUGCUUCCUACUACCACAACUGAGUUACACGCAACAACCAGAGUUGGAACAUACGUCAGAGGUCGGCAGUGGCACGUGGUUCAGGGAUCACAGGUUUAAUUCCAAUUCACAAGAGCUUUAUAGGAUCGAAGAAGCAAACUAUUCCCGGGACCGGGAUUCGGAUGACGAUUGGGAGGAAAAGGAAGCUUCUAGGACGAUAUCUGUCAAGUUCAAUGAAGAUGUUCCCGAAGCGAAAGAGGUGAAUCACGAGGAUGAAGAGGCUGAUACGUUCUUCGGAGUACAAAUGCUAGGGCUGAAGCGGCCUUUAGAUGUAGUACGAAAGCUAGUUACUACACAGCGGAGAGCAUCACUGCAAAGACUAUCAUCAUCUAUAACAAACCUCUCUGAGACGCCGUUCGUACGUCAGAACACACCUCAUCCGAGGGAGUUGAAGGCAAAGGCUGUCAAGCUGUUCACACGAACACCUGAACAACAGCAGGAGAGAGAGAUAGAGAGAGAGAAGGAGACGGAGAGAGAGAAAGAGAAAGAGAAGAUCAAUGAGAUACCGACAACAAACGGCAUUGUACUAUCACCGCCGGAUACACACGCACCUGAUGUUACCGAGCCAUCCUUAGCGUACGUACACGAAAUAACGAGAGACGAUGAAAGCGAUAGUCAAACAGCUCACGAGAAGGAAUCGUCUGAAGCUGAGAACGAAGACGAAGAUUCAGACGAAUUAGAGGGCUCGGGUCGUCGUGUAGCGUGGGCCGGUGUCCGUGAGCCGCGUGGCGCCGGUCGUCUUCAUCGGCGUGAUACUCCUCAUCAUCUGAAGAACAAACGCGUCAACCAGAUAGAUGCUGGAAGAGCGAGGGAUCUUAUAGCGCAGGCUAUAAAGAAACGAGAUCAACACGAAAUUAAAACAGACGAAGAAGUCACUGACGACGUUCCAGACGGCGAAUCGGUAUCGGAGCGUGCUGACAGCGAAGUACGUAUUGUGAACGAUCAGAAAUGUAUAGAGGUGCGUAUAGCACGGGCGGCUGGUGGUCUGGGUCUCAGUAUAGCUGGAGGAAGAGGAUCCACUCCAUAUGUAGGAGACGACGAUGGCAUCUUCAUAUCAAGAGUCACUCCUAAUGGACCCGCAUAUCUCGCUGGGCUUAGGGUUGGUGAUAAAGUGUUGUCAGUGAAUGGUACGUCAGUGGUGGAUGUCGAUCAUUACUACGCUGUUGAGGUUCUAAAGGCGAGCGGACAGACACUCACUCUAGUUGUUACUAGAGGCUCGCCAACAUCCACUAGAACUCACAGUAGAGCCCCGAGCGGUGCAAGUCAUCACUCAAUAUCCAGCACAACUGAUACUGUAUCUACGUUGGAAAAUGGACAGGUACCCACCGGCCGCGGUAUAUUAUCGAAGCCUCUCAUAAUCAGCAAUCAGUACGCCGAGGAGUUCGAACCGGAGAUGAAGGACACUGUUAGCAAUCAAACAAACAUAGGAUACGGAAACAACUAUCAGAGACUACAGGCCUCACCACCGCCUAUAACACAGCCUUAUGUACCACCAGCGUAUCAACAGAAAGUGUUAGUACAUACGACGUUGAUCCGGGAUGGCACGGGUCUUGGGUUCAGUAUUGCUGGUGGCAAAGGUUCCCCCGCUUAUAGGGAGGACAGUGACGCCAUCUAUGUAUCCCGGAUAAGUCCUCAGGGAGCCGCUGCCAAGGAUGGGAAGAUGUUGGUCGGGGAUAAAGUCGUCUCGAUCAACGGCGUUGAUAUGGAGCAGGCGACUCACGAAACAGCUGUCUCCUUACUGACGGGUCACGAACGUUUCGUGAGACUUGUACUACAACGGACUAUAACACAGGAACAAGGAGAUCUUAUACCUCGAAAGUCAACAUCGGAGGAAAUAAAGGAACAGAAAACGAGCCUACAGAACGUGAACAUCACGCCGACUCAGAAACCCACCGCCAACCACGUGCCACUGAUUGGCAACCACACAGCACCACGCACGAACACACACGCACCGCAACCGAACACGCAGACAAAUACGCAACCACACACACAUACACAGAAACCGUUGAUCACACAGACACACACAUUCGCAGCACCACAACCAGCGCCGAGGAAACUAAGUCAGACUAAUGGAACGGCGAGACCGGCAACUAACAGUACGAGCACGCCUCUAACUCCCGGCGCAAAUAAAAUUCACGCAUCUAGCGACGACGUGUUCGAAGAUAUACAGCAACGGGCGAUCACCAGCGAGGACUUCCAAGCGAUGAUACCGGCGCACUUCCUGGGAGGUGCUAGCGGUGGUAGCGGCGAUGGUGACGCCCGCGUGCGGGUGGUUGUCGAGCGACCCCGGCAACCAGUGUUACCGCCUCCCCCCUCCACCAUCGGCCGCGUCACUGAAACUAUCACCAAGUCGACCUUCACCGAGACGACGGUCACGCGCAUCACUGAUAACAAACUCGUCGAGCCGCUCAUCAUUGAAGAUGUUAUAUUGGUUAAGGACGGUGGAUCUCUUGGGUUCAGUAUAAUCGGUGGUACCGACCACUCCUGUGUGCCGUUUGGUGGCAAAGAACCAGGCAUAUUUAUAUCACAUAUCGUUCCGGGCGGCGUUGCUGCUAGAUCAGGCAAGCUUCGUAUGGGUGACCGUUUGCUUAAAGUGAACGGCACCGAUCUUCCCGGAGCAACACACAGAGACGCUGUGCAGCUCCUACUACAGCCGGGCCCCACACUCACACUCACAGUACGACACGACCCACUACCACUUGGAUUCCAGGGUCUCAUUCAAGUUGAGAUUGUUAACGCAACUGAGUUGACCAUAAUAAAACAAGAGGGUGAAAAACUGGGUAUGCAUAUAAAGGGAGGUUUGAACGGACAACGCGGCAACCCUAAUGAUCCAAAUGAUGAAGGAGUGUUUAUAUCGAAGAUAAAUAGUGGUGGAGCAGCGAGGAGAGACGGCAGACUGAAGGCUGGCAUGCGUCUAUUAGAGGUGAAUGGCAUUUCCCUACUCGGUGCUACACACGCGGAAGCUGUAAACGCCCUAAGAUCUGCGUCAGACGCCCCACUAACACUAGUCGUCUGCCACGGAUAUUCACGUCCGGAGAAGAGUACUACGGGCAGUGAGAGCGGGACGGCUGAUACCGGCGGUUCUCUGUCUCACUCUACCUCCAGUCUGGAUAGAGACGAGUCCUUGCAUCAACAACAGGAACAACAUAUCCGACAAGAUUUAGUGGAGUUUGAACAUGAGAAGCAAGUCGCCGAGGUGAGGGAGAAAUCCACUCCUGAAAAGGUGUUGGACAUAGUGCAUGCUGUGGAAAGUAUCGCCCUUGAUCCUUCACCGCCCACGCCGGAGCCGCAUCAGAAGACCACUACCGUCGUCAUGUCUAAGCACACUCUGCACAACCAGUCGUCUAGUGCGCCGGUUGCGGUGUCACCGUUGGGGGUCACACAACACAAGCCGAAGAGUCCACCCGCUGAUAGUAUGGGAACAUCAAUCGACCCACCGACUAACCCACCGCCAGUCAAACAGAAACCACAAGUGCCUAAGAAGCCACAAAUGAAGCGAGUUAGUUUCACAUCGGAAGCACAAGAUAUGACGAACGAAUCGAACGAGCGAAACAUAACGCAUCUAUCGCAUGAUACAGCCCCGAUGGAUACUACUAACGAUGCAUGUCAGGGAAAUAGCUCUUUACUAAUAAAACAUCGACCCACUAAAAUUGUGAAUGAAACAAAAUCAAGUAUCGUACGCCCCGAAGAAUUUAUCAUACCACCUCCGCCUUUAUUCGCGACUAAAGUAAGUUUAAGUCAUUUAGUACAUAAGGCGGGACCUCAGCUAGACGCCCCCCUCAUCACUGUUGUCCCUGAGAGAGUAGUUCUGCCAGAACCUAUAGUUGCCGAAACAACUGUGCAGUCCAGUAACUCAACCAACUCACCAGAAACAGAAUUCCCUCCCCCCGUCAACUACAAUGCGCAUCCGAUUUUAGAUAGUUCUUUAAGAUUAGAUAGGGAUCCUCUUGCAGCACCAAUAUUUUCUGAAGUGCCUUCACCUCAAGUCUUCCGUAAUAAAUUACCGUCUAACGAGAGUAGUGAAUACUUUGAAGAAUUAUCAGUUAGUCCUGUAGGAGAGCCAGAGCCACCGGAAUUGUUGCAUGCUCAAUACAAAACUCUUCCUUCUGUAUCACACGUACCGAAUUCACCUUGCUACUUGCAUCCUAUGAGAGGUCAGUUCGAUGACUCAGAUGCUAAUAACUAUUCUUUGCGCGACUUACGAGUUAAGAACAUAUCACCGAACAUGGUCCAUUCUGUAACUUAUCCUCCUUGUAAUCCAUACCCGUCUUUAACGACGGUCGCGGGUACAUUCAAUCCAUAUACUUGCACGGUCCCAUCGAGGGCAUCUAGCGAUGAAUCCUUCUCGCCAUCAAAACCGCAACUGUCACCGUCAUUAAUUAGUUCAGUAGGAAAAGAUAUUAACGCUAAUGUCACACAACUCGUUACGAUUAAAGAGGAAGAUGCUCCUAAAAGUGUUCAAAUAGAAAGAAGAGUCCAUUUUGGCGAAGUGACGACUGCGCCAGAAAUUAAUAGAUUUUCAAUGGGUUCCGAAACUGCGAGAGAGGGAAGUACCUCGCCCGCAUCCACCCUGAAACCCUCAUGGAGCAGCAAAAUCAAAUCCUUUGCCAUCGGCGAGGCUUCCCCACCUCAAUCUGGUAAUUUUGUGAAAGCAUCUGUGAGCGAUAAGAAAAAAUUCUUUGAGAAUGCUAUGGAAGAAAGUCACAAAUCAUCACCCAAGCCAGAGAAAGUAUUCACAUUCUUAUCAGCGGAUGAGGUGGAGAAAUUGAAGCAGGAAGAGGAGCGGAAAAUGGCGACGCUGUCCCGAGCUGAGCUCGCCUCGUGGUCACCCGACCGCCAGAGUGGAGACAGCGAGCAUUCAGACGAUGAACCGUAUGAGAACGGACAUAGCGUUUCGUUGGGUGGUGUUUCCCCAUCAGCGAAAUCUCAGCGUCGUGCGGGACGCGAUGGUUUAGACGCUGAGGCUCGCGCAGCACGACGAGCAGCCUGGCGAGCCGCCCGUCUCCGCUCGCUAGAACAGGACGCGAUUGAAUCACAAAAAGCAAUUAAAAGCAUGGUGGGUCCAGCGCAUGAAAUCAUAGGAGAGGUGCCGCCAAGGGAUAAUUCUCCUUCCGAGAAAUGGCCCCUGCCUCGUAUCGCGUUACGUACAAAGCCGGGGCCAAUACUGGCUGUGAAGGAGAAGGAAAAGUUGUUAGACGAGCGAAUAACACUACGAACUGAGGAAUACGUCUGUCCGGCUACCGGCGAGACUAAAGUGCGAACCGUCGAGUACAUUGAGAAAGUUAUUGAGAAAGAGGUGGAGACGACUCAAGAGAAGAUAAUAUCAUUGGAAUUAACAACGAGUCCAAGUAGUGAGACGGCACCGGAUUUAGAAUUGGGAGCUAAUCUGGAGGCUGAAGAAUCUGGGGAGAAUUCCCUUCAGCCAGAUAUCAUACAAGUGGUGAAUCCCAUACUCGAUGGCGGAGCUGGUCACGUGACCUCCAUACCCGUAGGCCCCGCCCACAGGCUCACCUACACAGAUAAACAGUAA